AGUAGAGCAAUCAGUCAGUGAACGUCUAGUUGCUUGAGGAACUGCAGUCGCGGUAAAAGUGGUAGCAGCAGCAGCAGCAACAGCAGCAGUAGGAUUUCGACGUUUCUAAAGCCAGUGCCACGUUCGCAGGAUGACUGAAAACACAGCGCUGACAAAUACGCGGUGUCCUGAAGUCUCUGAGAUGGGAUCGGCAGGUGGAGAAGUAGUGACAGCUAAAGCAGAGCCGCCGUUGAAAAGAAACACAGACUUGAUCUACUCCGUGGAGGACGUGCCGCCAUGGUACCUGUCCCUGUUGCUCGGCUUCCAGCAUUACGUCACCAUGGCAAGCGCUACGCUCUCCGUCCCGAUCCUGGUGGCGUCCUUUCUGUGCCUGGAGGAGGAUGAUCCGGCCCGCGGUGCCCUCGUUUGCACUGUUUUGGUUCAGUCUGGCAUCGUCACCCUUGCACAGACAACCUUCGGCAUCAGGCUCCCCCUUGUUCAGGGAACCGCUUUCUCCUUCCUGGUGCCAGUGAUAACCCUGCUGACCGUAGUGCACCCACCCUGCGCCGCGUUGCCCCUCGCCAACAUGACGCGGGAAGCGCGGCAGGAGGAGUGGCUGGGCAGGAUCCUGGAUGUACAGGGCGCCAUUGCCACAAUAUCCUUGUUCCAGAUCUUCCUUGGUUUCACAGGGUUGGUCGGGAUGAUGAUGCGUUGGAUCACGCCUCUCGCAAUCGUCCCAACGGUGACGCUCGUCGGCAUCUCUCUGUUCGAUGUUUGCUCCGACAAGGUCUCUUCCCACUGGAUCAUCUCCAUUACGACAAUAGCACUGAUGAUCCUGUUCUCGCAGUACCUCGGUAACGUCACAGUGCCGCUGGUCGUGCUUACCAAGAGGCGUCGGAGGUGCCCCUCAUUCACUACUACCAAGGUCAAGCUGUUCAAAUCCUUCCCAGUGCUACUGGCAGUGUUCCUCGCCUGGGGUUUAUGUGGCAUCCUCACAGUUUACGACGUGCUGCCUCCAGGCUCUGCUGCCCGCACAGACACAAAGGGAGACCUGCUGCAGAGGACACCGUGGUUUUAUGUGCCUUAUCCUGGGCAGUGGGGAUUGCCCAGAGUGACUGCUGCGGGGGUGGUGAGCAUGCUGGGAGCCAGUGUGGCUUCCAUCAUGGAGAGCAUCGGGGACUACUACGCCUGCGCCAGGAUGUCAGGUGCUCCUCCACCUCCUAUCAGCGCCAUCAACCGCGCGGUGUUCGUAGAGGGUCUAGGCUGCCUCUUGGCGGGGCUUCUUGGGACUGGCAGCGGCACCACCUCCAGCUCGGAGAAUGUCGGAGUCAUCAGCGUCACCAAGGUGGCCAGCCGUCGCGUGGUGCAGAUCAGCGCCGUCAUUCUCAUUGUCUCCGGCCUCGUUGGUAAGUUCGGCGCAAUCAUCGUCACCAUUCCGGAGCCUGUGAUGGCGGGCAUCUUGGUUGUCAUGUUUGCGAUGAUCACCUCCAUCGGUCUCUCACCCCUGCAACAAGUCGACCUCUCCUCCUCCAGGAACCUCUUCAUUCUGGGCUUCUCCAUCUUCUUCGGCCUUCUUUUACCGAAGUGGUUGGAGCGAAACCCAGAGUGGCAUCUGGGGACUGGCUGGGCGGCCGGGGACCAGGUGCUGAGGGUGUUCCUGCAGACGCCCAUGAUGGUGGGUGGCGUUUUGGGAUGCAUCCUGGACAACACGAUCCCGGGCACACCUGAGGAGCGAGGGCUGGUCGCCAAGCAGGAGGAGGGAAAGGAGAGGUUGCAGCUUUCUGACGCAGGCGAGUGGUGCUACGACCUGCCCUUGAUCAUGCCCUGCAUCAGGAGGAUGCCGUGGAUGCGCUACCUGCCCGUCUCUCCGACCUACCAACACCAGCGGGUGCCAAGAAUCCUGCAGCAAGCACGAGCAGACACACCCUAACAACAAACACCCUGCCCAGAUAGGACACAGCUGCUAUAUUCUCCAACAUCUUAUUUCGAGAAUCUUUAGCAGCCUCUUAGGGGAAGCUUUUCGUUGUUUACAAAGUAGUGUUUUUAUGUUUCUUUUGAUAAAUGAGUGAUGUACCAUUAGGAGGCAAAAAUAUGCAUAAAAGUAAAGAUGAAGGUUUAUGAGCUACAAGUACGCUUGGCUUCAAUGCUCCUUUGUCUUAUUGACCUUUAAUUCGAACACAUGAACCGCAAUCCUCGAGACCGCAUCUCUAUUGCUCUUUUGUGUUCGAAACUACCACGGUUGGAGGUGCUGAGGUGCUAAGCUGCUUUGGGUCGUAAUGUAAUUCAUGUAGUUUGUGUUAUAUAUGCCUACAUUCUCCGUCACGUUGUUAUAGAUAGCGUUCGUUACAUGAUAUGAAAGGAACCGAAUUCCUUAGCCAUAUAUAAAUGUUAAGCGUCUUCUUCAUUCAAUCAAACAGCUUGUAGUGAAAGUAAUUUAGUUUUUCGAGGGAGUUGUUCGUUUUGUCAUCAAUCAAUGUUCUUUACGUAAUAUAGGGAUAGUUUAACAAGAACUAUGAGUUAACAGUAAAGAAAAAAAAUGAGAACCUGACAAAUAACUCUCGGGCCUUAUAGAAAUAUUACCAUAAAAUAAGGUGUUUUUAAGCACCAGGACCUAUUUAUAUGUAUCGACAGAGAGGAAUGAAUCUUUGAACUCCGGUAGUCGCUUCCUCCGUCCUUCCUACCGUUUAGUUCAUCUUGUGGAGGUUACGCAGGAGGUUGACGGAGAUUAGCGUAGAAAGACACAUUACCAAACAUGAAACGUCGGCAAAGGUUUGGAGGACUUGAUUUGCCGGCGCUGUGCAAUGCUGAGCUACGACGACAGACGGCGGGAUGGGAGUAGUGAGGAGACCCUCACCUCAUUACUCAUCACUACAGCACGGU